GGAAAGACGACCUGAACCUUAACUUUUGGAGCAUAUCAUGGAGGGGAACAAAGGACACCGCAAAAAGACAAGCACUACAGGAGAGCGGGACCGGUCCGAACGAUGAGCAUGGAUGAAGAAGGGGUAUCACCUGGCAAGCCCGAGCUGUGUUAAGUCUUACUGAUUGUGCACUAGUAAAUAAACGAUAAACAUCAUUGAGUUGAGGAUAUGAUUUUGAGCUGGUUUUGAUCUGAUUCUCGACGGGCGAUGCGGAGGGAUAGGAAUGAACUGACGGUCAGCUCGGACAAUGGAUAGUCCAACGUCGAAGAAAACGAGUUGAUAUCGGUUUUUGUGCACAUUUUAGUGGAACCCAAAUCACGAGCUCCUUUGUGCGGCAUACCGGAACGAAGCGAUACUUGGGGUCGUGUAGCAUCACCUACCUGGUCCACAAAAGGAUUGCAACGACUUGCGAGCCUCGUGCCCUACCCGAUUUGGUAAAUUUAGACGGAUUCGCUUCUCAAAAGACUUCACAAAGGACUCGUUCGUUGCACCACAUGUUCCGUCCUGCUCCUCCCCAAUCCUCCCUUUUUGUGCGCAUAUAGGGUAUAUAAAAGACAGUAAGAUGUUUGCGAUAUUCUGCCUCCCUCCUCCUUUUCUCCCCGUUCGCGAACAUUGCUUGGACAUCGCACCUUCCUGGUAAUUUCCUAGCGCCGUGAUGGAUUCCUCCAACUCGUCUUCGAGAAACGCGUACGAUAUUUUCAACUCUGCUGAGCAGACUCAAUGCGAUAUGAUGAUGCUCGUCAACGCACUUGAUACGGAUCGUGAUGCUAUCGAUUUUCUUGAUUUCGGUUCGUUAUGUCUACCUCACACGACCGGCUUUGACGCUGCCGACGCGACCGGAUUUUCAUUUGGCUCGCAGAGCGACUCCAAUCCGAGUCUCGGCAUUGGAGAUCAUGAACUUGAUGCGCAAUUCAUUCAGCCGGAGACAUCUUCACUAUACCAGAUCGGAGUUCCACAGGCAGUUGCUCCUAUGGAUAUCCUUAACAGCGCACCACAACUUGAAGCAAAGACACCCCUUUCUUUCCUUUCGCCAUUUUCCACAGCAGGAUCCUCGCCGUUCUUGGGGGUGGGUAAUCCUUCAAACACCAUUCUCGGUGCGAAUAACAGUACUCGUGUCGAUGAUUCAAGCAAUGCUCUGGGGCUGUUCGAAUGUCCGCGUAUGUUCGACGCGUCGGCGCACUCAUCAUCUUUCGUCUUUUCCGAUGCGCUGGCCGCUGGACCUGAGGGAUGCUUCGCUCCCACUCCACUGUUCUCGUCCGAGAAACUGCCCUCGUUCUCUCCGUUCCUUGGUGACAAUGAACAUCUCGCCAUCGGAGCCGGUCUCCCAUCGCCUCGUGCAGAUUGCAUGGUCCUCGACAGUCCGAUUAACUCUGGACCAUCAUCCGAGUGCUCUCCCGUUCCAGAGCCCGACCAUCGAGCUGAACACCCUUCGGGACCAGAUACCAUAGCCCCAGAGUGUCUGUAUCCUUCUCCAUCGCCGACACCGGAGAGAGCUACAGUUCCUCUUCCUCGCAGAAAGACUCGGAAGGCCACGCGGAAGCACCGUCCUUCUCGCGCAGCCGCGCGUCAGCCCAAGUCAUAUCGCGAACUCAGUCUCAGUCCGCUCUUGGAGCCUCGCCAGUCAUCCAAUUCACCCACAGGCUCUCCAAGCACUUCCCCGGCUAUUUUGGCGCACGGUCUCCCAGCUUACACCCGCAUAUGGGUCCGUCAGGAUGGCAAAGAUGUCGAAAAGUGGAAAUGUGCAGCUUGUGGUCAACUCACAGGUCGUAAACCCGAUAUGAACAGACACCUCAAGACGUGUGUGUCAGGCGAGAAGUUUUAUUGUCGAGACGUAAUUCACGCCGACGGUACUAUCUGGCCUGGCUGUAAACAGAAAUUCUCCCGUCGGGAUGCGUGCCAUCGUCAUCUCAGGAAGCGCCUCAUCCUGGGACGCUGUGUCCAUAAGAAACCUGACCAGACGCGUUCUCGCAGCGAAGACGACUAUCUUGCCCGCCUCAUGCUGUUUCAGGAUGGCGAAGACAAUGCAUACUGGCGCGCGAGGUUGCCUGCAGAAGAGAAGAAUCGGCUUUCGAAGAUAGCGCUAUCUGAUAUCCAGCAGAAGAUGUUCCGUUGAAAACCGCGAUCGUGAUCGUGCUAAACUGCUGCUCUGAAACUGCUUUAUGAAUGUUACAAAAUUUGAGCUUUCUAUUCCUAUUCCUUUCCCGUCUCCUGCUUUUUCUUUAUCCUCCUGUUUUGCGUUUUCAUUUCAUCGACUGACACUCCUAUUAGCUCCAUUACUUUAUUUCUAUCUAGCAAACCGUUUGAACCAUCUGAUUCAUCCUGUUAAUGCUCUAUGCCACAUUUGCUUUGGACGAUUCCAUUUUCAUAACCAUUUUACGUUUUGCCAAUGUGAUUCCAAUAUACGCCUUUUCAACUUCCCUUUGUU